UCUGCUGAUACUAUCAAAGCAAGUUUUCAAAGCAACGGCGUUUCACCUACUGAUCGUAUGGUCAAAUGGAACAGUAAUAAUCAUCACUGCCAUAUCCUUAACGUGGAUGGGAGCUGUUUAAGAACUCCAAUUCGCGCAGGUUUUGGGGGAGUUAUUCGUAACAGUGCCGGUUUAUACCUCUCUGGCUUCUCCGGUUUCAUUGCAGAUUCCACUGACAUUCUGCUUGCUGAGCUCUCGGCAAUUCACCGCGGUCUUCUUAUGGCAGUAGAUAUGGAUUAUGAGGAAUUGGUUUGCUACUCGGUUUCGCUUCUCUCAAUUAAUCUCAUUACGGGUCAAGCUUCAAAGUAUCAUGCCUAUGCCGUUUUAAUUCAAGAUAUUAAGGACCUCUUAGUUUCGCACAAUUUCACUGUCCAGCAUUGCCUCCGUGAAGGAAACCAAUGCGCUGAUUUCAUGGCAAAAUUAGGAGCUUCGUCAAAUGAUGAGUACCUUAUCCACUCAUCCCCUCCUCAAGACCUUCCUGAUUUACUAAGGAAUGAUGGAGUAGGAAUUUAUUUUCCUAGAGCUUAGGCUUUCUGUUUUUUCUUUUGUUUCUUCUGUCUGUUACACUCUGGAUUAAACUUUUUCUCUUUUGAGUUUGAGUAUGCAUUAAGUGUUUAUUCGUCCUAGAUACUGUAGAUGUUCUUUCUUUCCCAUGCCUAAGCUUAUAAGAAUCAUGUUAAGCAA